UGCAUUUUGACUUCACCUGUGCGGACGAAAAUACGCCGAUAUUUUAGCAUCUGUACCAAUAAAGAAAGUUUAUAUUCUCGACUGUUUCGGUUUUAUUCAAAAGGAGUUAAAAUGAGGUUAAUUUGGUUGUUGAAAAGAACUUGGUUUGAAGAGACGGGGCGUAUAGCGUAUAGGAAAUCUAUAGAACGCACUCGUGAGUGUGUAAAUAAUCAAACCUUAGACACGUGUGCUUCAAGGUAGACUAUCGCCAGGUAAAUCAAAUUGCUAUGGACAGGUGACACACGCAGACAUCAAAGGCAAUUACCUGGAUGUUAAUUUCUUGCUGAGGAUUUAUUUUAGUGUUUUAACUUCCAUCUAUCAGAGCAAUGCAUGGCAGGCUUCAGUUUCUCGUACUGUGCGGCAUCACCAUCAUGUCUGUCUUCACCAGCUACAUCUACUACAACGGCCGUAUCAACGCCCUUUGGUCUAAAUACGAUUCUACACACUCCAAGACACGAGUCCGUAACAGCUGCCACAUAGACAGUGACGCCCUAAUUGUGUAUACUCAGCGACAAAAGAGACUACAGGACGUCUGCCUCACGAACCCUCCCGGCUCCCUAAGACAAAUAUACUCUCACACCGGCCACAAACUCUCCUACUGCGCGGUGCCAAAGGCGGGAUGUACCUUCUGGAUAAACGUCUUCCGCUUCCUGUACAACGAAACGGACGGGGUGAAGGUCAAACACCCGAAUGAAAUACCCAGGAUGAUAACUCACUACGGAAAAAAAAAAAGGUCCAAACCCUACAGCUUGCAACAAGCUCGAGCAUUUCUGCCGAACACUUUACGUUUCCUGUUCUCCCGCGAUCCAUAUUCUAGACUGUGGUCCGCGUACGUGGAUAAAUUUCUGCUCCCAGAUUAUUGGUGCACUGAAGGCCUGCGCAUAAUCGCUCGCAGAUCGAAGAGCGCUUCCAGUUCCAGAAAGAAGAAUUGUGGAAACGAUAUCACGUUUGAAGAGUUGCUCAAUUACGUCAGUUUGAGCACGGUUAAGGAUUUAGAUCCCCACUGGUGUCCAGUGAGCUAUAUGUGCGAUCCUUGCAACUUUAGACCGGAUGUCAUCGGUACCAUGGAAACGUUCGCUAAAGACACUAAUUUCGUUUUGUCUCAAGUCAAUUUACAACAUAUUAUGGAUAACUACGAUCCGAAAACGCACGUAGUGGACGAAAUGGUCAUGCUAACUGAAUACAAUUUUCAACUGUUGAAACGAACCAACUGUAAACAUUGUAUAAAAAGGGAAGAUAUUGCGCUGAGACUUUGGAAAGCUUUUCAAAUAAAUGGAUACUUACCUCUAAAGACGGAGUUUCCUUCUGAAAAGUUGAAAGACAUAGACGCGAGCACAUUUAUAGAUGUGGCCAGGAAAACGUACAGAGAAAGGCCCAAUUCUUCGGCGCAAAUAAAAAUUCAGAGAAAGCAGGCUUUGGUUGACGCUUACAAAUCGGUACCUUCUCAUAUUAUGCAGAAAUUAAAGUCCAUUUAUGCAACGGAUUUCCUGAUGUUUAACUACGACCCAAACCCAUCUUGGUUGAAGUUGAAUACGUCAGAAACCCGAUCCUGAAGACGCUAUCCUUAAAGUGGCCGAUCCUUAUAUUAAACACUACGGCAUAUUUUUCACUAUUAGAGAAGUUUUUGAUAACUGAAAUCAGACAUACAGUGAAAGUCCUUUAAACCAGACACCCUCGGGACAAACUAAAAAGUCCGGUUUUAAGAGGU